AUGGCCAUCCGCGCGGUGCUCUUCGACGCGCUCUUCACGCUCGUCGCGCCCCGCCUGCCCAUCUACGUCCAAUACUCGCAGACGUUCGAGCCCUAUCUCGGCGUUCUCGAGCCCGACCUGCUCAAGAAGUCCUUCAAGACAGCGCUGAAGCAGGUCCAGAAGGAGAAGCCCGCCUACCAGAGCGGCGCCGAGGGCUGGUGGGGCGAGGUCAUCAAGCGCACCGCGGUUGGGGCGGGCGCGGACCCUCAGGCUGUCGACCGCUCGCUCGACGAAAUUGUCCCCCGGCUCCUCCACCGCUUCUCCUCGAGGGAGGGCUACAAGCUGUAUGAUGACUCGAUACCGACGCGUGCCUCUGAGAGGGCACCGAGAACCGCUCGGGAGAUGUUCCUCCGGGCGUGCGCACGGCUAGGCGUCCAGCCGUCGGAGGCAGUACACGUCGGGGAUGAGCUACCAGCAGAUUACUACGGUGCAGAAGAGAGUGGGCUGGACGCGCUACUGGUGAGGCGACCAGGAACGGAUGGAGAAGGCGAGGCAAAGGAGCCGGAUGAAGAUUUGAGCGGCGUCGCUGUCGUGUCUGGCCUAGCGCAAGUAGUAGAUUGGGUGCACCAUAAGAACGCUCCCAGUGAGAAUGGCAAGCCAUCCCGUGUAUAA